AGAUCUCUCAUGAAGAUGUUUCCACAAUCAGGGAAAUCGAUUGUCUUUGACACUUUUCCUGACCCAUCUGACACAUGGGACAUUGUGGAGACCAUUGGGAAGGGGACUUAUGGGAAGGUCUACAAAGUGGUCAACAAGGAGACCGGAAGCAAGGCAGCCGUAAAGAUUCUGGAUCCAGUCCACGACAUCGAUGAGGAAAUCGAGGCUGAAUACAGCAUACUCAGGGCUCUUUCGGACCACAACAAUGUAGUCAAGUUUUAUGGGAUGUUCUACAAGAAGGAUGUCAAACAUGGAGAUCAAUUAUGGCUGGUGUUGGAGCUCUGCAAUGGUGGAUCAGUGACUGAUCUAGCAAAAGGCAUGCUGAAGAGGGGAGACCGAAUGGAGGAGGCCAUAAUAGCGUACAUAUUACAUGAAGCACUCAUGGGGCUCCAGCAUUUACAUGCCAACAAGACCAUUCACCGUGACGUCAAGGGAAACAACAUCCUGCUGACCACUCAGGGAGGGAUUAAACUGGUCGACUUUGGUGUGUCCGCGCAACUCACCAGCUCGCGUCUGCGUCGGAACACGUCCGUGGGAACGCCUUUCUGGAUGGCCCCAGAGGUGAUCGCUUGUGAACAGCAGCUUGAUUCGACCUAUGACGCUCGCUGCGAUGUCUGGUCCCUUGGAAUCACCGCCAUUGAGCUGGGAGAUGGAGACCCGCCACUGGCUGACCUUCAUCCAAUGAGAGCGCUUUUCAAGAUCCCCAGAAAUCCUCCCCCAAAGCUGCACCAGCCGGAGCUGUGGUCGGAGGACUUUAACGAGUUCAUCUGCAAGUGCUUGAUAAAGGACUUUGAGCUGAGACCGAACGUGUUGGACCUCCUGCAGGAUGCCUUCAUCAGGCAGAUUGUGGGCAAAGAGCGAACCCUGCAGAAGCAGCUGAUGGAGCUCAUUGACCUCAACCAGCAAAUGGGAUCUAUUGAGAAAACAAGGCAUGAGCGUAUCCAUACUAAAAAGGGCAGCUACAUGAAGUCCGCAAGUGCCUCCCUCGAAGACGUGGAGGACCUGGCGACCCUGGAGGUGUUGGAUGAAAAUACAGUCACAGACCAUUUGCAGAAGCGUUACUCAAAGGAAAAGAUUUACACCUAUGUGGGAGACAUUCUUAUCGGUGUCAACCCCUUUCAUGGUGUGGACCUGUACAACCCAGAGUUCACACAGAUAUACAUAGGAGCAAAGCGGACAGCAAACCCGCCCCAUAUCUUUGCUGUUGCUGACAUAGCCUACCAGUCCAUGGUGUCCUACAAUGCAGAUCAGUGCAUUGUCAUCAGUGGAGAGAGUGGAGCUGGGAAGACGGAGAGUGCUCACCUUCUAGUCCAGCAGCUGACAGUUCUCGGAAAGGCGAACAAUCGGACGCUCCAGGAAAAGAUUCUCCUGGUGAAUAACCUGGUUGAGGCCUUUGGAAAUGCUUGCACUGUCAUCAAUGACAACUCCAGCAGGUUUGGGAAGUACCUGGAGAUGAAAUUCUCCUCCGGGGGGACAGUGGUGGGAGCCCAGAUUUCGGAAUACCUCCUUGAGAAAUCCAGGGUCAUCCACCAAGCCUUAGGGGAGAGGAACUUCCAUAUUUUCUACUAUAUUUAUGCUGGCUUGGCUGAGAGAAAUAAACUGGCUCAUUACAAGCUGUCUGGUAGCAAAACUCCGAGAUAUAUUCAGAAUGAACAGGUUAAACUGGUGCCUGACAUUGUGAGCAGUGCUUUCCAUAAGGAGCAGUUUGAGUCUGUGGAGCAGUGCUUCAAAGUGAUUGGCUUUUCACUGGAGGAGCUUGGCAGUGUUUACAGCAUACUGGCUGCGAUCUUGAAUGCCGGCGACAUCGAGUUCACCUCCGUGGCCUCCGAGCAUCAGACCGACAAAAGCAACAUCUCAAACAUCGGUGUGCUGGAGAACACGGCGUCGCUGUUGUGCAUCCGCUCUGACGAGCUGCAGGAGGCGCUGACGUCCCACUGCGUGGUGACGCGCGGAGAGACCAUCGUCAGACCCAACACGGUGGAGAAGGCCACGGAGGUGCGUGACGCCAUGGGGAAGGCCCUGUAUGGCCGCCUCUUCAGCUGGAUCGUCAACCGCAUCAACUCCCUGCUGAAGCCAGACAACCAGUCCAGCGAAGAGGACAAGAGCCUAAAUAUCGGAAUCCUCGACAUUUUUGGGUUUGAGAACUUCAAGAGGAAUUCCUUUGAGCAGCUGUGCAUCAACAUUGCCAAUGAACAGAUCCAGUUCUACUUCAACCAGCACAUAUUUGCCUGGGAGCAGGACGAGUACCUGAACGAGGACGUGGACGCGCGUGUGAUCGAGUACGAGGACAACCGUCCCCUGCUGGACAUGUUCCUACAGAAGCCCAUGGGCCUGCUGUCCCUGCUGGAUGAGGAGAGCCGCUUCCCCCAGGCCACUGACCAGACGCUCGUAGAAAAGUUUGAGGACAACCUCAAGUCAAAGAACUUUUGGAGGCCGAAAAGAGUUGACCUGGGCUUCGGGAUCCAUCACUACGCUGGAAAGGUCAUCUACAACACAAGUGGCUUCCUAGCAAAGAACAGGGACACCCUGCCUGCAGAUAUCGUCUUACUGCUGAGGUCCUCGGAAAACGACCUCAUCCGCAAGCUGGUCACUCACCCCCUGACUAAGACAGGAAACCUUGCUCACACCAAGGGUAAAGCGAUGGGUAGCACUCAUACGCAUACCCCCCAGCGCACUAUUAAGUUUGCCAAGGCUGACAGUGGAGAUUCCACCCACCAUCCCAGAGAGACCACCAACAUGAGAACACAAACGGUCGCAUCAUACUUCAGAUACUCCCUCAUGGACCUGAUGUCAAAGAUGGUGGCGGGGCAGCCCCAUUUUGUCCGCUGCAUCAAGCCCAACAACGACCGGCAGGCCAACAAGUUCGACAGGGAGAAGGUCCUGAUUCAGUUGCGCUACACGGGAAUCUUGGAGACGGCCAAGAUUCGGAGGCAGGGCUAUUCCCACCGUAUCCUCUUUGCGAACUUCAUAAAGAGGUACUCUAUCCUGGCCUUCCGAGUUAAUGAAGACCCACCAGCGAGUCCAGAGUCAUGUGCUGCCAUACUGGAGAAAGUCAAACUGGAGAACUGGGUCCUGGGGAAAACCAAAGUAUUCCUGAAGUACUACCACAUAGAGCAGCUGAACCUGAUGGUGAGGCGGACCACCGACGGGAUCGUACUACUGCAGGCCAGUGUGAGGGGCUGGCUGGGGGCUAAGAGGUACCGAAAGAUGAAGGAGAAGAGAGAGCAGAGUGCAGUCGUCCUGCAAUCCGCUUACCGGGGCCACAAAGUUCGCAGAGAGGUCAAUGGGGAUCGAAGCAAAGCCAAGACGGAGGCUUUCAUAGUCCAGUUUCAGGCUGUCUGCAGAGGUUACCUUGCAAGGAAAAAGUACAAGGAGUUGGUAGAUGAAAAGAAUAAAGCAGCUAUAAAGAUCCAGGCUCAUUACCGUGGACACAAAGAGAGGAAGAGCUUCAAAAAGAAAAAGGAAGCCAUGCAGAAAAACAACCAGGCAGAGGGGACUGUGGAGGAGGCACAAGAUGAGCCCCUGUCAGAGGCCGUAAGCGGGGCAGAAGGAGAACAGCUGAUGGAGGAGAACCAUGCGGAGGAGAAAAGCGCAGAAGACAAACCAGAGGGGCAGAAUGGAUCAGAGGAGGAUGAGGCAAAAGCAGCUGUAGUGCUCCAGAGCAAUUACAGGGGCUACAGGGAGAGGAAGAAAUUCAAAGAGCGCAACCAAGCCAAGGAGGGAGACAAAAUGGCCGCCGACCCGGAGGGUCCGGGGGACCAGGGUGAGGAAGCGGUGGAGCUAGCCGAAGAGGCAAUAGAGGAAGCAGCUGCCUCGAAGGACCCAGCCCCCACCCCGGAUCAGGAAGGGGGACCGGAAGCUGGAGAGGAAGUGGACCCCACCAAGGAGGCCAAAGCAGAGGAGAAAAGUACAGAAGACAAACCAGAGGGGCAGAAUGGAUCAGAGGAGGAUGAGGCAAAAGCAGCUGUAGUGCUCCAAAGCAACUUCCGGGGGCACAGGGAGCGGAAGAAGCUGGAGGAGGAGGGCAAGAUCCCCGCCAGGGGGCAGAAGACCAAGGAGAGCUCUCCUGGAACAGACGAGCCACCCCCGGAGGCUAAACCGGAGUCUGGUGAGGAACCCCCUGAAGAGCCUUCACAGGAGCCCCCAGAGGAGCGUGCUCAGUCCCCAGAGAAGGAAGAGGAGAAGGAGAAGGUUGAAAAGGGGAGCGCAGGGCCAGUGGAAGGAGAGGCUGAUGAGGCCAAAGCUGCCACAGUCCUACAGAGCAACUUCCGUGGUCACAAGGAGCGCAAACGGCUGCAGGAGGAGGGGAAACUUCCGAAGAAGAAGACGCAGGAAGGCGAAAAUAGCUCGCCGGACAAGGAGCCUGAGACAGGGGCUUUGGCCCCGGAGCCGGAGGCAGAGCCUGAAGUGGAACUCAUGACCAAAGAGCCAGACUCAGAGGUCCCUAGUGCAGGUGCAGAGGUGGAUGAGGAGAGAGUCAAGGAGGAAGCAGAGGCAGGGAAACUUUCAGAUGAGAACAAGGGCAAGGAGGAGGGGGUUGCAGAGCCUAACGACAUUCAGUUGGUGCAGGAAGAGCCUAGUAUGGACAACCAGCUUGAGGAGGAACAGGCUGCCGUGAAGAUUCAGAGCAACUACCGUGGCUACAAGGACAGGAAGAAUCUCAAGAUGUCAAAGGAGGAUUUGGAGGAGCUGGAAAACUUUUCCAAACAAGUAAGCAAAGCUUCAGAUCACUACAUGUCACUACAGAAGAAGCUGAAUGAGAUAAUCCUGGCUCAUCAGAUGAACCCCACCAGUAACGGCAUGUUCAUGAAAGGAAACCAAAUCAACGGAUAUAUGACAACCCAGCCACAAUCAGAUGAUCAGAAACAGACCAGGACGCCACGCAGAACACAGCAGCCAAAAACCCUCAAUACACCUGAAGACUCAACUUACUACAAUCUGAUUCAUAGAUCAGUCCAGGAUGAGAAAAGGAGGCCCAGGAAUAAAAGUCCAGGGAAACUCGAGGACAUGGAUGACCCAUACUACCAGGGCCUCACCACCAGCAAGUCCUCUGGGAGCAUCAACAGUGACAGGAGAGCCUCCACUACCAGGAGGGAGUCCAGCACCAAGAAGUCAUCCACUGAGAGGCCAGCCUCUGAGCCGGACUUGCCCAAACGUCCCGUAGACAAAAGGAACUCGUUACCCAGAAUGCCCUCGACUGAGAGCCAGGCUGAGGACAACCCUUAUGACUACAGAAAACUCCUCAGGAAGACAUCCCAGAGACGGAGGCUCGUAACGUAAAGGAACACAGUACUCAUCUGUCCGGAGGGGUUAAAGAUGCAAAAGCAAUAUUAGCCUGGUCUGGGGGUUGUGAGUCAUUGGCGUGUGUGUGUGAAGUCUCAAUGUUAGAUCCCCUCAGUUGCAGGUUUAGAUGAACAUGGAGAUUGCGGACAUGUGUUAGAGACUGAGAGGAGCAUAUGAGUGUAUGCCCUAGGGAUGCACUGAUUAAUCAGCCAAUGAUCAAUAUUGGUUGAUAAAACGAAAGAUUUGCCAACAGCAAAAAUAACCGAUGGUCAGCUAAAAUUAU